AUGUUAAUUGCAGGUAUCUACCAGGAAAGGAUGGUAAAAAUAACUUGUGAUCUGUGUCCUCAAAAUGAUGAACGUGGUGUACUAUAUGUCUCGCAAGAUUUGGAAUUAGUAGCACACCAAAAUUGUUUGUUAUAUUCUUCAGGACUUGUGGAAUCUGAGGAGGAUCAUUCUUGUUUAAAUGAUCAGGACAGACAUUUUGAUGUGGAGCUAGUGAAAGAGGAAAUCAAUCGAGGAAAGAGAUUGAAAUGCUCAUAUUGUCUUAAGAAAGGAGCUACUGUGGGAUGUGAUAUUAAAAAAUGUUCCAAGAAUUAUCAUUUCUUCUGUGCCAAACAAGACCAAGCAAAAAUACAAACUGAUGAACAUGGUGGAACUUACAGAGUGUUCUGCCAAAAACACACCGUUCGAAAAAACAACCGUGUUUUCCCAACAAAAGUUGAUAUGCUGAAGAAAAUGAAAAAUGCUGGGCUCAUCGAAAGUUUAUUCGAAUCUCUAUUAGAAGAUCUCGAUGGGAUUCAUUUCAAGAUUAAGGACAGCAGCACCUCAGAAAAAGAAUUACAAGAAAUUGCAACCUUACUUUUUGACUGUGCCAUAUUUAGAAAAUCACUAAGGAAAAUAUCUGCAGACACUGUGAUAUCAAAACUUCAGAGUGAGCAGGAGCACCUGCAGAAGAAGAUAGAAGUACUCCAAGACAUUGGAGAAAACAUGUUUCCUCUUCAGAAAGAUAUAUAGCAUUAAGUACUCAGCUGGUUCUUGACCUUUCUUUUUAACCUGCUGUUUCUUAAACUGGGCACUUGUGGGGAAUUUUUUAAGAAUGUUUUAUCACUGUACUGUUCUCAUCCUAUGACCUCUCAAUGAUUUUUCCCUCCAUUUCCAAGUAGAAUCCUCCCUUGUAACUCUUCCCCAUUAGAUUGUGAACUCAUUGAAGGCAGGGAU